CAGUCAUAAACAAACAUGGCGGAGGCGUUCGUAGCUUCACAGAGUUUCUGUGUGUUUUUGGACCUUUAAGAGUGAUUAUCUUUGCUCAAUAUUAACAAUAAUUAAUAUUUAAGUAGUUUAUGUUAUCUGCUUUGACGUCCUUCACGGGCUCGGGAGUAAAAUGAGCGGCUGGGCGGGUUUUUCUGAAGACGAGCUUCGAAAGAUUCAGCUGAAAGAGUCAGGGAUGUCCGUGGCGGGAGCAGCCCGCGGACGGAAGCCGGCUCCAGCUAACCGGAGUCGGCAGCAGCUGCAGCGGGAGAAGGCGCUUCAGUCAGCGGCUCAGAAACACUCAGGAGCCGGUCUCCUCCUCCUCCCACCGGACCAGCUACUCACCAAACCACCGCCGAAAGAGGAGCCUCAGCCCAGAGCUCCUGUGGGGGCUCCUGUGGAGGCUCCUGUGGGGGCCCCUGUGGAGGCCCCUGUGGAGGUGCAGCAGAAUGCAAACCUGCAGCCGGCUGCAGAGGAGGAGAGCCCGGCUGUCAAAGAGCUGGAGACACAGGAAGUGGUCAUACGGGAAAAGACGCGUCUGGAACAACUGCAGCAGGAGCAGACGCUCAUGGAAGAGAGGAAUAAGCGCAAGAAAGCUCUGCUGACGAAAACUAUCGCUGAGAAAUCUAAACAGACUCAGGCAGAGGCUGUGAAGCUGAAGAGAAUCCAGAAGGAGCUCCAGGCCCUCGACGACAUGGUGUCCAACGAUAUCGGCAUCUUGAGGGGCAGGAUAGAGCAAGUCAGCUGGGAGUUCUCCUCUGCCAGAAAGCGAUAUGAGAAGGCGGAGGCUGAGUACGUGAUGGCCAAGCUGGACCUGCACAAGAAGAGGGAGGUGAAGGAGCAGCUGACGGAGCACCUCUGCGCCAUCAUCCAGCAGAACGAGCUGCGCAAAGCCCACAAGCUGGAAGAGCUGAUGCAGCAGCUGCAACUUCAGGCCACCGAGGAGGAGCUGGAGAAGCAGAAAAAGGAGGAGGAGGAGGUGGAGGAGAAGAGGAGAAGCUGUGUGGAGACGCAUGGUAACGGGUCGAUGGAGAAUCAGGAGGGAACCAUUCAAUCAACCAAAGACUGUGGAGCGCCGAAGGAAGAGAGUGUGAAGGAGAGAGGAGGGGACGUCCAACAGACGGCUGAACAAACACAGACUGAACAGGAACGUAAAACUCUAGAAAACGGUGCCCCGUGUGAGGUCACAGCAUCCUGAUGCUCAGUAAAGAGACACUCAACUUUCAUCAGCUGUUGUGAAAACUAUGUGGACAUCAUCAUAACAUGUCAGGCUGUAGAGCUUAAUAUAAAACACUAACAGGAAUGUUGUCCUCCAAUACUGUCGGCCAGAUCUUUACAGUGCUGCUGCAACGUCCAGGGCAGCGUGUUGAACAGAAAUAGUCUCCCUCUGUGAGAGCAUGCGAGAACAACAGGUCAGCAGAAUAUCUGGAGCAGUCCUCCUGAAAUUAUCGAAAUAUUUUCAGGAGUGCAGAUGUGAAAAACAGCUCGAGUAGAUAACUUUAGCCAGCAGCGGCUUAACGGGGCUUGGCAGGAAAAAGUCUGGGUGCAAAAAUCCAGCCAAUUGUGUUCACACAUGCAGCUCAACCAGAAAAUUAUUGGGAAAAAUUCAGGUGUUUUGUGCUUGUGAGAAAACACCUACUUAGCUCCUAAUUCCCUUAAAUACGAGGCCCCAUAAUCCUUUUGGUUGAAGUUCCUAAAAGAUGCAGGUUUUGGGAAUGAAGUCGUCAUUUUUGCCUUUUUUUUAACCAAAUGAUCACUUUCACAGAAGUUCCCUGAACACAUCGAUUGAACCAUUUAAGACUCCUCUUUUCUUUAUUCUUUGGGAAGAAAUGAUUCUGGGCUGCUCUGCAUGUCGUCUAAAAGGUGCGAGCUUUUGAGGAUCAGUUGAACAUGAACUUUAUAUUUAGGGGGACUCGGUUAGUUAUCGUCAGUGAGUGUCACAAACUGGCUUUAAGUGUCACCUUGUUUCCUUGUUUCCUAAAUGGUUCAGGCAGAGUGAUGUACGGCUGCUUGUCUUUAGAAAACAAACUUCAGCCUCCAAAGAUUUGUUUUUGGUUUUCAAACUGUUCUAUGCUGUCGUCACUCGAGCCCUCGGUGUGUUUGUGUGAACCUGCAGGAUCACACAUUCAGCUGCAGCGUUGACUCUGUCUUUGAGCUUACAAACAUGUUUCAUGAAUCACGAGGUUAGUCUCAAUCAGACGCUGACUGUUUCCCACUCUUUUCUCUUUGUGGUAAAAAAACACUAAGAUGGGUCCUGUUUUAUUUCCUGACUCCAUCCCUCUCUUUGCUCGGCCGACAAACCGAGCCGUCCCGUGUGUUGUAGAUGAACAUGUUAGCCGGCGCUGGGCUCGUGUUUCAUAAAGCUCAUUUCUGAUGUUGUCGGUGCGGCGCGGAGCAGCGGGCCUCCUCGACGGUAAGACGAUCUGUGCUCAUGUAUGUACAGAUGAUUUUAGCGGCAUGUCUUUCUGCAGACUCUCUCUCUCUCUCUCGCUCUCUCUCGCACAUGGAGCAAUGUGGUGAAAAUAAUAUAUAACAAUCAUCUCUUUCACUUUCUACAUGUGGGUCUGACUAAAGUCUGUAAACUCUGAAUGUUCGAUGAGACUGAUGAUUAUAAAAAGAUAUUUAAACAGGGGAGAUAUUUAGAUUAAAGAUACUUUACUAAAAUAAAGGGUUAAAGUGCA